GGAAGUUACAGACGACUUUACUGUUGGUGUUCAUGAGCACGGCAGGAGUAAACCGGCGAAGACGAUACCGGGGGAAGAAGAGGAGCCGGUGGACGGCGAAAAAACAACGCACGGAAUGAAAUAUAUUGAUGUUUGAUUGUCUAAGUUUUGCUGUCACUCAGUGAAAGUUCCUUAUUCUGAACAUCGUCUUAGCUAGAGCCUGGUGUACAAGCGUUGAAGAGCGCCAUCUAAUUCAGAGGAAGGGAGUCUGUUGUGGCUCUAGUGACCCCGGUGUGUGUGAAGAGUAGUGUGUGACCGUAGUGUGUGAGCAGCUCUCCCUAUGUGUGUCACAAUGGGGGACAUCAGUGACCUGGACCGACAGAUAGAGCAGCUCAGACGCUGUGAGCUCAUUAAAGAAAACGAAGUCAAAGCAUUGUGUGCCAAAGCCAGAGAGAUUCUGGUUGAAGAAAGCAAUGUCCAGAGAGUCGACUCUCCUGUCACAGUGUGUGGUGAUAUACAUGGUCAGUUCUAUGACUUAAAAGAGCUGUUUAGAGUUGGUGGUGAUGUCCCAGAGACAAAUUAUCUCUUCAUGGGUGACUUUGUGGACAGAGGCUUCUACAGUGUGGAGACUUUCCUUCUUCUGCUAGCUCUUAAGGUGCGUUAUCCAGACAGGAUAACCUUGAUCCGGGGAAACCACGAGUCCCGGCAAAUCACCCAGGUGUACGGCUUCUACGACGAGUGCCUCCGCAAGUACGGCUCAGUCACUGUCUGGAGAUACUGCACCGAGAUAUUUGACUACUUGUCCCUCUCUGCUAUCAUUGAUGGCAAGAUCUUCUGUGUGCACGGUGGCUUGUCACCUUCCAUCCAGACACUGGACCAGAUCAGGACCAUUGACAGGAAACAGGAAGUGCCCCACGAUGGGCCCAUGUGUGAUCUCUUGUGGUCAGACCCUGAAGACACCACAGGGUGGGGGGUGAGUCCCAGAGGUGCUGGCUAUUUGUUUGGGAGUGACGUGGUGGCCCAGUUCAACGCCGCCAACGACAUUCAUAUGAUCUGUCGAGCACACCAGCUGGUCAUGGAGGGCUACAAAUGGCACUUCAACGAGACUGUGCUCACUGUGUGGUCAGCACCCAACUACUGCUACAGAUGUGGCAAUGUGGCAGCCAUCCUGGAGCUGGAUGAGCAUCUACAGCGCGAGUUCAUCAUAUUUGAGGCAGCUCCACAAGAGACCAGAGGCAUCCCCUCCAAAAAGCCAGUAGCCGACUAUUUCCUGUGAAGUCUUUGAGAGGACAGCCAUGAUGUGUCGAAAUCUUCAGUACCAUUUCACACCAGCCACCCUCCAUCCUGCUGCCGGGCCGUUCUGUCAGUCUGAACUCAGAGCAGUUAGACAAAACCUGCCAGACCCUGCGAAGCUCCGCACAGCUUCAUCUUGGAAGAGCUGGAUUUUUGCCGCACUGCCAAAGCCUGACAGAGCAGUCACUGUGAAAGGUGUAGGAGGCGAGGUGGAUACUGGGCCCAUGACUGUUGUCACUUCCCCUCAACUAUAUAAGAUGGCCAUUUUGUUUCUCCCCUCAGCCUCCUUCCAUUUCUGUCUGUUCUCCUCCUCCAUCACUUUCUGUAGAUACAACACUCUCCCUCCCUGACUUAACCUCCACCACUCUUGUAG